UCUGGCUUGACCUAAAUUGGUUUGCGAUUUGAGUAAAACGUUAUGGAUUUACGCGCAGACUUUCUUCAUUUAACACUAGUAGGUGUAAUUCUGGAAAUUUUCAUAGAACAAGCUGAUGGCCAAUGCGAUGAUGCAACGAGACCCCUGCAGAUCAAUGCUACCUAUUUCCCGCAAUAUAUUUCCUCACCAAAUUACCCGGAGCUCUACCCGCCGUACCAGGACUGUGCUUGGAUUAUAACGGCCCCAUCCCCGUAUGACAGGAUUACUAUCAAUCUAGAAUUUAUUGAUAUCGAAGGGCUAUCCAUCCCCUGUAAAUACGAUUACGUGGCUGUCUAUGAUGGAUGGUUAUCCAUCCCCUGUAAAUACGAUUACGUGGCUGUAUAUGAUGGACCUGAUACUAGUGCUACAGAGGUUGCCAAAUUGUGUUAUUACAACAGGGACACCGUCAAUUCUCUGGUCUCCACCACUGAUACCUUCUAUGUCAUCUUUAUCUCUGACUUUAGUGCAAAUUAUGAAGGAUUUAAUAUGCUAAUCUUCACAAAUAACACAGAUUAUAAACCUGACUGUGAAGGAAUCACUAAUCUGACCGCUACAACUCAGACACAGCUAAUCAUGUCUUCAAAUUUACCUGAUCUCUACGACAGUAAUUUUACAUGCCAAAUUUUGAUAUACCCGGCUACAACCUACUAUGCUGUGAGAAUCGACGUGAUAUUCAUGGAUAUUGAAAACUCUGAUAGCUGUGCAAAUGACGCUCUUCGUAUUUCGAGUGUUGGAGAGGAUGCGACUGUGGAAGCAACAGCAGAAUGUAGCCUCGCUGUGAACUACGAGUUCACGAAUUUCCCGCUGGACGUUUCAGGAACCUACAUUGAAAUCAAUUUUACUACAGACUCCGAUAACAAUUACCUAGGAUUUAUGUUAUCAUAUACAGAGGUAUUCAAAGGCAUAAAUUUGACGAGUCCACAGAAUGAAGAAACGAUCGAAAUCACCGUUCCGGAAGACUAUGCAACAGGACAUGUUAAUGAAUCAGUGUGUGUGAUUGUACUGACUUACACUGGGACACUUAAUCUUCAGAUAACUCCUAUGUAUGAGUCGACGACAGGCGAAAGUGUGUCCUUGGCAGACGUGCAGAUAUUUGCUAUGACAGAUUCUCCUCCAUACGUCUAUUUGGGUUUGAUUUCUAGUCUUGACUACGAGGUUAUCAAAAAAUUCAACUUACUAGUGACGAUGAUAGACAGUGACGUCACGCAAGUGACGUAUUCUGUCACGUUCAACAUCACCGUAACAGAUGUGGAUGAUCUAGCACCAGAGUUCAUAAAUCUUCCUGGCAAUUACACGCUGAGUAGAGGACAAAAAACAGGUGAACUUAUUUACACAGUGAAUGCUACAGACGGUGACGCUACUGAAGAAAACAGUAGAAUAUUUUUUCAAAUAGAGUCUGGUGACACAGAUUCAAUGUUUGCGAUUAACGACACUACAGGAGAAGUAACACUCAAUCAAACAGCUAAGCUUAUACCACUGGCUACAUUGGAAUACGUUCUUACUAUAGGGGCGUACAGUGGUUCAAUUUCGAGUGAAUCCUUGGUAACCACUGACGACUUUACUGUAUAUGUGUCACCAGACAGCCCACCUGAAUGUUCACAUACUUCAGUGUGGGGAGAAACCGUCGAUGUGAACCUGGCCGGACCGGGAACACUGGUCGUGUUGCUAGACACGUGGAGUUGCACAGACGAUAACGUAAACUUAACCUACUCAGUGGAAUCAGGUAAAAACAAAAAGAACUGUCCAGCACAACGCUUUUGCUUAGACUCUCUCAUCAACUCACUCGGAGGUUAUCUGACAUCUUCGUACUUAAUAUAUUAA